CCGAAACAUAAAUGCACCGCUAUGGGUGUAUAUAAAUAGUUGCAGAAAACCUAAGUGUAUCAGUUGCAAGUCGAAGUCGAGCAAUUACACUUACAAUAAUGGCUGCGAAGUUCGUCGUUGUAGCUCUCUUGGUGGCGGCCGCCCAGGGCAGCGCAAUCCAUGGCGGUAACUACAACAGCUUCUCUUAUGGAGUGUCGGACCCCCACACCGGCGACGUGAAGAGCCAACACGAGACCCGCGUGGGCGACAGCGUGGUCGGACAGUACUCGCUGCUGGAGUCUGAUGGCACAAAGCGCACCGUCGACUACGCCGCUGAUGCCCACUCCGGAUUCAACGCUGUUGUGCGCAAGGACCCUCUGCUGCACGCCGCUCCCGUCGCCAUUGCCCACGCCGCUCCUCUAGCGUACGCCUCUCACGCCGCUCCCCUGGCGUACGCCGCUCACGCCGCUCCUCUGGCGUACGCCGCCCACGCAGCUCCUCUGGCUCACUCCGCCUACUCUACCCAAAUCGCCCAUGCCGCUCCCCUGGCCCACAUCGCUCACGCUGCCCCCAUUGCCCACACCGCCUACGCCGCUCCAAUCUCCCAUGGCGCUAUCGGCUACGGUGCCCAUGGCGCCAUCGGCUACGGUGCCCAUGGUGUCGGCCUGGGUUACACCGGUCAUGGACUCGGUCUCGGCCAUGGUCUUGGAUACGGUCAUGGACUCGCCUGGUGAAUGUAGUAUAUGUGGUUAGUUAAUGAAGAACGACUGUGUUGACAAAUAAAAUGAAAUAUUUAAUUUAAA